CUGCAGUGUAAAUUUAUGCGUGCGUGUUUGUCAUAAUUUUCCACAGUGUUUUUUUAACAACACAUAAAAAAGUUGACUUCGUCCCCAGUCCUAAUCCUACAGGGUACUGGUGACGAGAGUUGUUCUCGUCUUACGAGAGGGAAGCUACAACAUUAACAGCGGUUCGUGAUGUCCAUCGAUUUUCGAUCCGGCGUGAAGCUGGGUGAUCUGAGGCGAAAGCUUUGGUCGCGUUACCGAUCCAACUUAACCUUUCAAGUUCCUGGAGGCCAAUCAGUGCUUGGUUUUGGCGAUAUUAAUGCUAGGUAUGAUUUAGACAACUUCUUACAGAAUGAACUUCCAGCCAAAGUGAAAGAGUUGGAUUUACGUUUCGACUUAGAGGUUAUUCAGUCUGGAAGUUUUACAGAAGGAGUGUCUUUGUAUAGGAAACACUCUCACGAUGAGACAGUUGAACAGGAAUACGACUUUCUUUUCUUAAUAAAAGCACUGAAGGUUGAUUCCAACGAAAAUAUUAGGCGCAUUUCCGUCGUUGAAGGCGGAAGUACAGAGAGGGAUGAGAUAACGCGGGGUCAUUCAUGGAUUCGUCUGAAUGACGCCGUUCUUCAAGCAACAUGGCAAGAUUGCGUAAUUGAGCGCAAAUAUGAAGUCUUCCUGUCGUCAACAAAAACAGUCGAAGUGCUCCACGCAAGAAUUGAAGAAGUUUUUAGAAAUAGCUCCUUUGGAAAAAAAUGUGUUUAUCGAUUUGAAGUCAACGGGCCAGCGGUCACCCUGGUCAUGGAUCUUAGAGACAUCAGCGAAACCCAAGUCACUUUCAGUUUUGAUUUUGUUUUGGCGUUGGACUGGAACGAAUGGCCCAUCUCUGCUAAAGAGUGGAUCACGCGACCCCGGGAGUGGCCAGAACAAACAGUCGUAGCGGAAGUUGUCAACAGUGGCGUAUACUUGGUUCCGAAGGCCUCGAAGUACGGCGAUCCUGAACUAGAAUGGAGAAUCUCUUUCUCAAAAGCUGAGAAAAGUAUAUAUUCCUGUUUUCCGAAACCGCGAGGUGAAUAUGUUUUUCCUGGUGGGAGGAAAAUCACUUAUGAUCAUCUUCUGAUUCCUGAUGCCAGUUGCCGCAUUGAAUGCUAUCGCAUAUUGAAGGAGAUAUUCAAAGAGCACCUCUCAAUUCCCAAGAUUCUCAGUUCUUAUCAUCUCAAGACCAUCAUGCUUUGGGCGUGCGAGAAACAUCCUGAAGAUUUCUGGGAAAGUGCCAACUCAGCAAUCUGCUUUUUGGGUCUCCUUGACGACCUUCUUCAUUGCCUGGCUACUCAGCGGUUAGAACAGUUUUUCGUGCCGUCAAUCAACCUUCUCUCACAUCACGACAAUGGCUUCUUGUUGACCUUGACGAGAAAGGUGUCCCUCAUCCGCACCACGCCACUGCAAUACGUAAAAACGCCUGGGGAUGACUUGGGAAUACAACUGACGUACAGUGAUUCGUUUAUUGAAGAUUCUGAGAAAGCUCAGUUGGAGGCCAUGAAAACGUGGUUCCCUGGAGCUGCGAAAAAAUCACAAGACACGUCGAAAACACAAAGAAGCGGCCGCCAGCGCACACUGUAUAUUGCAAUUCCUGAAGAUGCUCGGUGCGUGUUCUUCCUUUUUAUAGAAGGUGCGUUCCAUUGAUAGUAAUACGGCCACAGUUCGAACCAGAUGCAUUUGUUUCGAUUCUGCGUGUACCAAAGUGUUAAGACAUGGGGAUUCACUGUCCUUGAUUGAGGCCUUAAGUGUUUCAACGACAUAGAGGGAAACAACACAAACAAAUCUUCUCUUUCCUUGUUGGUAAACACCGUGAACCUCAAUCAAUCAACGCCAAACGUUUUCAACCCAUAAUACCAAUCGACAUCGUCGCGCACGCUUUUACGCUUUUGGGGGACAACCCUUGUCAAAAUAGCUGUAUAUCAAAUAAUCUAAUUACAUAUUAGACAAGCAUAGAUAAGUCACUAUGGCGGUAAUAUCGCUCAUAAGGUCACGCGGUUUGAGUUUUGUAACUUUUGUGCUCUUAACCCCUUAAAUAAUAAUAAUAAUAAUAAUCCAUCAAGUAAUCCAGCAGACUUAUGAAUGCCCUAGGCUCACGGAUUGAACUCGGCACCAUAAGUUAAAAGCGGCAAGACUUUAAGGACUUAUAAUACUACUAAUAAUAAAAAGUGUUAAGACAUGUAAUUCAUUUUGUUUUCUGCUAAUUUAAUAGCUGUUCUUAGUCACUACUGCGCUCAAUACAGCAGAACACCUGUGGUGUUAAUGAGUUAAGACAUUAAGAGAAGGACAAGUGUAAGCGGGACGGUAGCGGGUAGGAGAGGCGGUUUGUGAUGACGUAGCGAUAAGUGUCACUCCGGCAUUAAAGAUUUCAGGGGAUUUUCAUAUAACUUUUUACGAACCUGGCUCAGAGGGUUUGACUCUUUCUUUUUUUUUUAGUCUUAAACUUAAUUUAGUUGUAACGAGUGAGUACCGAGAAGGAAAGAGAACUGAGAAAGAGAAGUCACGAACGUAAGUGAGUUACUGUGGCUAAACUUAUACGACGGAGGUAAGGGGGGUCUGAGUAUCCCUUUUUCUGUUCAUUUUUGGCUGAGAUACUCCGUAUCCCGUUAACUCAGUCCAAUUGCAAAUAUUUUUGAAUUUUCCAACUGGAUAUCCUGGGAUAUCUGUUCUCAAUACCCCAUACCCCACCAUUUCUUUUCCACCAUGCUGAAUCCCGUUAAUUUUUUUUACCUAUAUAGCCCGUAUCCUGAGAACCCCUUCAGCGCCGAAUUAAGUUUUUAGUGCCUUAAAUUAAAAGUACGAGCGACAAAUGAUUAUAGCGCUAUACGUAAACAAAACAAAACAAAGAAUAAAACGAGGUUUUGGCAUUACUACCGAAGGGUACAAAACCUAGCCAUAGGUAGUAAUCUUUUACGCUUAAACUUGGUUUACUUUCUUUCCCGUAAGUUGCACGCGUUUCUGAUGGAGAUAACUAUAACCAAGAGAAACCUCAGCUGAACAAGUUAACGCCACCUGGUUCUACAUUUAGCAAGACAGCCUAUUCCAUUCCAAUCGUACUUAUUAUCGUUAUUAUUACUUUUUUAUUUUUUUUUUUUAAGUACUAAGCAUUACAGCAUUAUUAUAGCGCUGUACAUAAGAUAAGGCCAGGGCCCCUCUGGAUACCAGCCAUGAGGCUGAAUGGGCCACCUUGGCUAUAUAACGUUUUGCUCUACAUUACCAGUACAACAGUGACUAGUGACUAGAUUAACGAAUAUAUUGAUAUCUAUAUAUUUUUAUACCAUAAUUCAUAGGAAACUGAGAGGAAAUCAAAGGUUAAUGAGUGUGCACGACAAAUUACGUUCUAGCGUAACGAGGAGAAAGAGUAACCUCAAGGGACUAGUCAAGCCAUUCUCUUUACGUUAUAUAUUUUUUUCUAUAAAUUACUUUACAAAUAAAUUAUUUUAUUUGUGUAAAUUACAGGCAAAAAUCAAGAUACAUAAAAUUCAUAAAGGAUCGGAUAACCACUAAAAAUGAACUCGGAGUCGUUUACCAAGAAAAUGGAAUUUUUGAUAACAGAUAGUCUUAAUUAUUACCACGCAUACUACGAAAAAAUAAAAGUACAGAGAAAAAUAACAUUGAAACCCACCUACGGUGAAGUGCUCUUCUUUUGGCACGGUUUAUACCACCAUCAAACCAAUCUUAAUAUAUUUUACUCGCCACGUUCUUUUAACCCAGCUGCUGUUGGAUUAAACUAAUGAAACAAACGAACAUUCCAGGAAAUACAAAGAGAAAGGGGUGUCCCUCUAAAACUUAGCUUUACAAAGUGAGUAUGGGUUUCAUGUAAAAGAUCUGGCUUUACUCUAUUCAGACCCAAUAACCUGAAGUGACUCAAAGUAAUUUGAGGUUUGUAUGCCAUAAAUUGGGAGUGACAAGUUUUUCUCAAGUGAGUGAGGCAGAAUAUGGUGCGGUGAUACAAGUUAGAACAGGAGCCAUAAUCGAUUACGGCUCCUCGUUAGAAUGAAGCCUACGAGGGAGGGGUGAAGAACCCUUCCUGGGACUGGAUUCCUUUAGCUUUUAUAGGGAACCAGGUCAGUAUAACCUUUACAGACUCAUGAUUGAUUUUUCUUUACCUAUCAGGCAGUUUGUGAUAAGAAUAUGGGAAUGGAGUAUCUGCGUCUGAUUUUGUAGUUCCCCAACAAAGGCGGAUGGUGAUCUAAGACGAAAUGUGUCCUUCUAAUGUCUCUAGGUUGGAGACACUCAAGCUCACUGCUUACUUAAAAUUGCUUAUCACUAUGCCGGGUUGUACAUACCGGAGGAACAAGGUGGUGAGGUGACUGAUGACCGUGGUGAGAAUUUUACAACACUUAAGUUCUACCAGCCCAACUGGAAACUGAUAGUGUUGAAACAAAUGCAGGGUACGAGAAAAAUGUUGUGAUUCACUAAUGAACCAGAAGUACUUGUCCAUAAUAUUUUGCUAAAAAUGGGAAAUAGAGAAAGAAUAUUUAGCCUACUUAAGGUUUGAGAGGACCUUCCCUUAUUAUCAUUAGUGGGUUUAUUUAUAUCUUGGCGAAGUUUUAAGUCAAUUUUCUUUUACGUAAGCAAUUAUAGGCAACAAGAAAUGGGGUUUUUUAACAACUCCUUGGUAGUUUAGGCUUAUGAUUACACCCAGUGAUCACAUAAGACAGAACAGAAACUCUUUUCUCAUCGAACAAAGACGGUGUGAUGUGUGGAUCUCGGCCAUUUCGUCUCAUUUUGAGAGCCAACCUCGUUUCCCGGUUUGUUUUUAAUAUCGGUCAUACAUACUCAUGACCAACAACCUGGAGUGGUGCAUGAUGUCUGAUGAGAGAAUAAGCGAGAAGAAUACCUGCUUAGAGAGGAGGGGUGGGGGGGGGGGCGGGGACUGAGGUAAUUCUUUGUUAUACUGCUUACAAGCCUUACAAGACUCCGUCUCGGUCAAUAAACACGCAAAAAAAGAACGAGGCCAAUAUCCAGGCAUCUUGACUGAACAAACUUGGUCAAUAACCCAUACGUACUCUUUAAGCUCGUCACGCAAUCUGUCCUCGUCGCUCGGGAAAUUGCGCGGAACGAGCUACGUCUGCGUACGAGGUGAACGCUAAAAUUCAAAGGUGCUUUUGUUGCCAAAAUAUCCUGACACAGUCAAUUUCACAUUGACUCGUUUUGUUUCCGACGUGCGUCAGUUUGGAGCCGUUUCGCAGACAAACAGCAGAGAUAUAAUAAAUAUCUUACUAUAAACGUCGCCUUUUCGGUUCACACUGCCGCGAUACUGCAAGCUAAUGCAAGUUACUUCAAGGUACUCAUCAUCGAUUUGAAGGGAAAAAAAAUUCGGAAAAAAUCGAAGAGGAAAAAAACUCGGUCCUUAACUUACAGUACGGCAAUGUGCUCCGCGAAAGGAGGUGCAUCGUGAGACCGUGAAAGUAACCCACUUGUCUAUAGUCCUGCCGUUACUUUGAUCGUCACGCAACGCUCCUCCUAAAUAAAGUGAGCGCGACUGGGUUUUCUUUUUGUCCAAACUUUUUCACUUUCCAAAGAGCUAUAUAGAAAAAUCGGCCAAGAAUGAUGGAGUAGGACUCUUACUGAUACUCUAUCCCCCCUCCAACGGGUUGGAAUUAAACUGACAGAAAGCCCAGUGAGAUAUAUUGAAAAAUUGAGUUCUGGCAGUUUGUUUUAAUGUUUAAAGUAAUCAGUCAAAUGGAAGAAGCUAUUUCCUUAUCUCUUACUGUUUAAUCAACCUAUAGUUUCCAAAGGGAGAUGGUUAUGCAAGGAAACAAAGGUGACAAUUGUUAUAUUUGGGAAUAUUUCCUAUUGGUUUAUCCCUCUGUCAAAUGGAAAUAACUAUUGUCUUUGGUUCACGGUCAAGGGCAAAAGUUUGUACAGAAGUAUAUAAAAAGACCUUUGUCAGGCUUCAUAACCAUUUCUCCCUAAUGACUAUGAUCAAACAGUCCCUCUGAAAUGGCUUAGUGUUGACAACAACCAGAGACCCAGAGCUCAGUUCCUGGAACUUUCAUUAACACAAGAAGUAAAUCAGAAGGGGUUACCAGAAUGUCUUCCACUCCUGUGUGCAGGUUUUGUAUAGGGGGAAAGGGAAAGCCACAAAAAACAAACUUUCACUGAAAGGUUCUGAACUUGUCUUAAAAAAAUUCCCCAACCAAAUUUAAAGAAACCCUCCAAUAUAAUAGUGGGCUCAAAGCUACCCUUUAACCAUUUUUCCUGCCUAUUUAUUUGACCACUAGGAUCACAAAUAUGGCCCUAUUCUCUCAGAGGAUAGCUUGAAACCAACACAAUGAUGAUUAGCUUACAGUGACCUGAAGUGUUCCUUUCACCCUUACAUGGCAAUAAAUCAGUGUUACAAUAAUUCCUAUUUUCCCUACUUUUCUUCAAAAUGUCAUUUUUGCCAAACUCCUCAACCUUUUUCUAACUUGACCAUUUCCUGACCUGUAGCUACCCUGUAGUACUAGCUCUGGUGUUUCCAUUCUACAAACUGUUACUCACUCAUUCUAAUAUGUGUACUUAAUAUCUAGGAACAUUUGGCAGGGAACAGAUACUGUACCAGCUCAAAACAUAGAACAGCUUAAGUGUGCAUGAACUUGACAAGGACUAUUUCAGGUGCAGAAUGCAUGCACAAAUGGCAAGAACAUGAUUUUCAGACAGAAUGUUUCAGAUGGAAGUGAUACAGGCAUGUCUUAUCACUUGGUUGUCUGACCAUGCCAUGGGACACGAACGUUUUGGAGAAAGAAUUCAAAAUAGUAAUUCAAAGUGGCUGGUGCAACAAAAUUUUAUCACAUACUAGUAUCGAAAUUUUGGUGCAUAUUUCAAGACAAAUCUCAAAACCUUUUCAUCCCGUUUUCAAAUCAGAUGCAAAGAUCACACAACCGAACCUUUGAAGGACGUUAGUUAAAAGGAUGACACACUUGUCACGCCUAGACAAAAUUUGAUACAAGAAUUUAAUGUUUAACAUUGUCAAGUUAAAACCCAUCAAAGGUAACCGGUGUAGUCACUUUUAGAGAUAUCUCAGAGGAAGAAGACAUGGUUAAGUAACCAACUGAUGUAAUCCACCUUAA